AUGGCGAUCUGCAGUUAUUUCUUCACCUUGGGCCAAGAUGGGAGCCACAAAGCAACCGGCCUUACGGGACGGGCCCUGCCUGGUCUCCUUCUAAAUAUCAAUCGGCCACCGCCAGUCUCAAAUGCUCUCGGUGGCCAGGUGGCUUUUCUCAAGUUCCUUCAGCCCAGUCUUGCACCGCCUGUUGCUCCAGCCAAUCGAUCCAUUCCUGUUUCCCAGCGACCCGUCGUGCGCGAAAAGGAGUACAACGUAAAGGGGGCGGCGUUGGUGGCCUCGUUCCUCGAGGAGCAGCAACGGAUUGCGGGCAAAACCCACCCCCCCUUCCACCCGGCAUUUACCAAACCCCAGUUCCCGUCUGGUCUGUGGUCGUCCACUCGGCGAGAAGGGAAUUUUUAA